AUGUGGAAAAACUUCGGACCCGCACUACCUCACCGUAAGGUGUACAAGCCGCAGCAGGCGCUGUUUGGCUCAGAGCGCGGGGCCGCGGGGUGCGGCGCGGGGAUAUCACACUUGAGGAUGGGUAUUGGCUCACAGGUCACUUUGCCAGAAAAUCUCGGACUCAGUCUAAGUGUCAGUCUAAAUCCAGAAGAAACCCUUAGGGAGGGGUGCAGGAGGCGGGAAAAUCAAUGUCAAGGAGGGCCUUUGACGCAGAGCAGUGGACAGAUGUCGGUGGACGCAGAGGGCUACAGCGUGACUCCCUACCAGGCGAGGCUCAGCUGGGACAUCAAUGACCCACUGAUGCCCCAGGUGUGCGGACUGGUCCCUUUCGACCACUUCUGUGAGUGGCCAGACGGCCACGUGCGCCUCAUCUACCCCGGGGAUGAACGGCGGGCGCAGCGCCACCUGAGCGGCUGGGCCAUGCGCAACACCAACAACCACAAUGGCCGAGUGCUCAAGAAGUCCUGCCUGGGAGUAGUGCUGUGUGCUCGGGGCUGCGCGCUGCGCCUGCGGCCCGCCAUCUGCGACAAGGCGAGAAGCAAGCAGCAGAAGAAAGUUUGUCCCAACUGUCAUUCUGCUCUGGAGUUGAUUCCCUGUCGAGGACACAGCGGAUACCCUGUAACUAAUUUCUGGCGACUUGAAGGCAAUGCGAUCUUUUUUCAGGCCAAAGGAGUUCAUGAUCACCCAAGACCAGAGAGUAAAUCAGAGACAGAAGCUAGAAGAAGUGCUGUCAAAAGACAAAUGACUGCUUGUCACCAACCCCAGAAAAAGAGAAUUCAGGAACCAGAGGCUCAAGAGAAUCAGGACAACAGUGGACAUUUCAACAACAUACCUCCCUUGAAAAAUCCAGAACAGUUUGAAAUUAAUACUGACCCUGACUUUCCUGUUCCAAGACAGCCUUGCUUGACCUUCUCAAACACUGAUGUUUACAAAGCUACCAGUGGCCUAGCCACCUUUCAAGGAGAUAGAGUGUCUCCUUUUCAGAAAUAUCCAAACCCAAGAAUCUACUUGCCUCAGCCACCUUGCAGCUAUGAGUUGGCAGGCCCUAGCUACACAAAUUCAAGUCCACAACCCACCCUUUAUAAAGAUUCCAGCCACAUCCCUAAUGACACAGACUGGGCUUAUCUGAAUGCACGACAAUACAGUGUCAAUUCUUAUGGAAACUUUGAGAGAAAUUUUGAUGUUCCUAGCAAACAACAUUGCUGGAAACCAGCUCUUGGGAAACAUAGCCUUGGGGAGAGGACUGAUUGUGGACAGCUCCAGCCUGUGGCUGCUGAUCCUUACUAUAACCCAGAGCUUCCCUGCAAACACCUUCUGACACCCCUAACAGGGGCUCCAACCCUGCACACUGUGAUCACCACCACCACCAAAGUGUCCUACCAGGCCUACCAACCCCCUAUUUCCCCAAACUGUGACAACAUGCAGGAAUUUUCAGAAAACACCCCUUUGUCCAUCUAUCCAGAAGCCUUGGACCUUCCAGUUGCACUCACCCAGUCAGCCUCUUCAGCAGGGUCAAUUCCUAUGAAAAUCCCAGGAGAGUACAGGCCCCUCAGACCCUCCCAGGAUUCAGGCCCCACCAGGAUGGAUGGAGCAGAAGUCUGGGAUGUGUGGACAUCUGGACUGGGACCUGUAAUCAGUUGUUCAGGGAGAGUAAGUCCAUUCUUUAGUUGUGGCAAUGGGGUCUUCUGAACAAUAAUUCUGGCACUUUCAGUAUCCAUGUAGGCAGAGACAUGAAAUGGCAACUAUCUCUUGUUGAGUUGGGAGAUCGUCUAGUAUAUAGCUAUUGACAUAUAUAUUUUAUCAGUUGAGGAAAUAGGACAAGGACACAUCACAAAGCUUUUUAAAACCUACCAGAUUACAUAGAAUUAGGACUGAACUGGGAUUCUCCCAUAUACCAAACUAAGAAAACUAGGGACAAAGAAGAUUAUAAAGCAAAUUCACUUAGCUUACUAGAAGGUGAGGAUACUGGUUCUUAUUCUAAACAUUGCCACAUUAGACUGUAUUAGAGAAUUUCACAAGUCUUUCUUCAGCCCUUACAGAGUGUGAAAAAGAGCCCCACCUGCAGGGGAAAAGCUUCACAAGUGGUGAAACAGGGCUACAGGUGUCUCUUCCCCUUUCUCUCUCUCCUCCUUUCUCAAUUUCUGUCUCUAUCCAGUAAUAAUAAUAAUAAUAAUAAACCAUAGUGCAAAAAAGUCUUCCAGAAAAAAAUCU